AUGUUCAGCGAACUACCUCAAUUUUUGUUUUCCCUUCAAGGCUUUCUGUUGGUGAUAAUUCUUGUUGUAACGCUGUACGUCAUUUCUUGCCUUUUGUUCCCUGAUGUUUCCGUUUCUGAUUUGGAGAAGAAAGCCGUUCUUAUCACGGGAUGCGACAGUGGUUUUGGUUACGAGCUCGCAAAGAAGCUCGAUUCUCGAGGUUUACAGGUUUUUGCUGGGUGUCUCACUUCAGAAGGACAAGCAAAGCUGAGAAGUGAAUGCUCUCGAAAACUGACCACAUUACAACUUGACGUUACAAAUGCGAGCGACGUGCAGAAUGCUUUGAAAGAAGUAAAUUCCCACCUGCCUCCCCAAGGUAAGUGAAAAGAACACGCAAUCGUUUAAACAGUGGAGGAUUCUGCGAACAUUGACGAACUGAAAUUACAGCUCUUGAAUAUUUCUUGCCACCGAUUUUUGCGGCCGUUUACACACAUCUCUGACAUCUCCAGUUAAUCUGAAAACAUUCAUCAAAUAUUGGUGAACUUUUGCUUUUGAAUAUCUGUAUCACCUGCCCCUGUUUGAGGACUCACCUUUUUUUCUUACCCUUGAGGAAUUUCAUAAAAUUGUAUUCACCCCUGAAGACUACCAUAAAAUAUGGGUCAACCCCUGAAGAGGCCUGAAAAAGGUACCCUUUUGUGGAGAACCUCCCUGAUAUAGGGCCGAAUAACCCCCCACUAAGGUUUGGUUGGUCCCAAGCCCUUCUACUCAGGAACCUGCAGCUUGCAAACAAAUGCAUGUAAUUUUAUGCCCUCCAAGAAAGCACUUUUAUGAUAAUAAAGAUAAAUGCACAAGCCUGUUCCAGGCUCUCAGAUAGUAGGGACGACCUGUAAAUGAAACGCAUGCAAAGAUGUAAGUGCAUAAUCUGGGAAAAGGUGGGGUGACAGUAAAAAGUUUCCUUCCAGUUUCUCCUUUUAGUUUUGUGUUUGCACUUUCUCAAUUUCACGGACCAGUCUAUCUCGGAGCCUGGAACUGGCCAGGAAAGCAGUAAACAUGUGGUGAGUUUUUUUUGCAGUUGAAACAACAUGUUUUGAUGUACUUUUAGGUUUGUGGGCUGUAGUGAAUAAUGCUGGGAUUGUAGGCCCGGGUCUUAUUGAAUGGCAGACUGUAGAAGAAAUGAAGCAUGUUCUUGAUGUCAAUCUCUGGGGGAUGGUAUCAGUGACCAAGGCAUUCUUGCCACAGCUUAAGAAAACCAAGGGACGCAUUGUUAAUGUAGCUAGUACAUGGGGAACAAUUUCGCUCCCCUCUGUAACAGCAUAUUGCAUAUCAAAGCAUGGUGUUCAAGCAUUUUGUGAUUCUCUGCGUCGAGAGGUAAAGCAGUUUGGUGUUUCUGUUCACAUUUUGAACCCUGGUAUGUUUAGAACCAACCUGGUAAAUCAUGAAGUAGCUAUAAAGCAGGUAGAGAAGUUAUGGGCUAACCUUGAUGUGGACACAAAGGAAAGUUACGGAGGAGAGUUAAAUUUAGGUAAGUAAUAUAUAGAUUGGCCCAAAGCAAUGCUCUGUGUGAACUUUUAAGAUGUCUUUCUGAGGUAAAGUUUUCCGAGUCUUCGAUCACUUUAUUACCAUAACUGGUCAGCAGAGAACUUUAAAAAACCUGUCAUGUGAAAGGUACAAAGGUAAAGCGACCAUCUUUUACAUUGAUAACUCGUGACAGUAUAACAAUAACUGAUAUUAACUUGAGCUUGAUGGCACGUCAUUUUACGGGGGCCCUCUCUCCAUCAGUGUUCUGUUUUAAGGGUAUUUAAGGCUAGUCAAUUGAGCUACACAGAAAGGAGAGAAGUUGAAACAAGGAUGUGGUGUCACUGGGGAUCGAAAACUCGGGACUUCAUGUACCGAAGAAUGUGCACUAACCAACUGUGCCACCCUUGCUCAACCCCCCCCCCCCCGCCCGAGGGUACUUUAGGACUUUUUAGGUGGGGAUGUGCUGCUGGGACCCUGGAACCCCUAGUCUGUACCAGAGCUAGUUUAAGUGAAUUUUGCUACCCUAUGCUAGACUAAACUCCCCAAAUCCCCCCCUAUCCUAGAGUAGCUGUUUUCCAGAAACAACUGAGGUCACUAGCAAAGUCCAGCCAAAACAAAACCGAUUUGAUUUUUUAUAUCCUUGAGUGGCAGUCAAAAAAAAAGUGAUAGCCAAGCUCUCGCAUGCGCAAAGCAGCAGCGCACCUCAGGUAAGAAAAUUGGCUACUCGUGAUGAACCAAGAGAGAAUGCGCUCUUGCAUCUCAGGAGCUCAUGUGUACAUCUCAUUGAGGUGAGCAAAGGGGGGGAGGAUGGGGGAGGGGGUUGGGGAAUACUGCCAUAUAUGGGCCAUAUAGGUAUGUGCCGCUGUGAAGGGUAUGGUUUUCAAGCAGGGUAUAUAAAUCAGAGAGUCUGGGUCUAGAGGAGGGUAUCAUUCUCCAUUUCAACUGAUCAAUUGGCUGAAGAUUUUAGUCUAGACUAGGGAAACCGGGAAUUCCUGACACUUAUAUUGGUGAGCCACAACCUUAUUUAAUUAUGCUUGGAAGAAGUUUUAAUUACCAAAUAAUGUGAAAAAUUAACUGAAAGCUAGUCUGUGUACAGCAGUCCCCUUCCCUCAAACAUUAAAUCUCCUGAUUUUGUGCACUUAAAGACUUAAUUAGUGAAAGUCAACCAAGACUGCGUAAGUCUGUAAAUAUUCCAGCAGAAAAACCUUACAAGCCCAUAGGGAACUGUGCAGGAAACAUUUUUCAUGUAUUGAUAAUUUUAUAAAACUUUAUUUUUUCCCCAUGACUUGCACGGAUCGCACAGCUUGCUGACUUGUGGAUAGUCCAGCCUCACAACACAGGGGCGGAUCUAGGGGGAGGGUGCAGGGGGUUCGCACCCCCCCCUCGAGAUGACCUGCGGUUUUCUAAUACCACUGGUAUUCUGCAAAAAAAAAAAACUAUGUGGUUUAUUUGUGUUGAAGUAGACGAGUGCACCCCCUCCUAAAAAAAAUCCUGGAUCCGCCCCUGCAACAGUUGAGAUAAAAUUGUUAAUACCGUAAAAUUCCGAAAAUAAGCCCUGGGGCUUAUAUUUUUCAAAGGCCCUUUUUGAGGGGCUUUUUUUUGGAGGGGCUUAUAUUUGGAGGGGCUUAUCUACAGAGGGAAAUUUGCAUCUCAAAAUCGAUUGGGCUAGCCUUAUAGUUGGAAGUAAAUUUACUGCUUUUGCUUUGUUUUACUUUGUAUUUGAGGGCAAUUUUCCAAGUACAAGCCCCCGGGGGGCUUAUAUCCGGAGGGGCAAUAAUAAUUAACGGAGGGUUUUUUGCGUUACCAGUUUGGGGGGCUUAUAUUUGGAGGGGCUUAUUUUUGGAAUUUUAUGGUACUAUUUCAUUUGAAAUUGAAAAGAGGGACAUGGCAAAAAAAAUAAAUUUAAGUCACCUUUCCAUAAUUACAACCAUGUGUACAUGUACAGCCGGAAAUAUGGAAAGAAUUAUUUUUUCACUGGAAAAGCAUUUUUUAUCAUUAAAUUGGGAUGACUGAUACAUUUUGUGCCCUGUGUUGGUGUGUUUGUGUCAGUAUAUUUCUUUUAUACUUUUAUUAUUCCUUAAUUCUAAUGUUGUCAGUGGCCUUUUUCUUCCGUAAACACCGUACCUUACUGACAACACUAGCUAGAGAUGGGUAAAAUAGACAAAACUACUGCAUUUUCCUGCAUAUUGAUUGGCCGAAAAUGUCCUGCUGGAAACGCUGGAAAUGGAACUUCCGAGACCCUAAAUUUAAAAAUUUUCUGGGGGAGCAUGCCCCCAGCCCCCUGGCCCUAGGUUGGCUGCCUUUGGCACUACAAACUUUCUCCCUAUGUGCAUACACCUUUAAAAUCUCAUGCUACCCCACUGCCUAGGACUAAAUUAUUAUUUUCAUUAUUAAUUACAGAAUACUGUUUUACUCGCUAGAAGUGGAAUCAUUUUGUAACAGAUGGUUUGUUAAUGUCCAUAUUUUACUUAAAUCUUCUCUAGGAAAGGUCAUGUAUGCUGGUCAGUUUAGGUUUUUUCUGUCAACACAUAUUUACAAAGUGGUUGAUGCAAUGACGCAUGCUGUGACAUCCACUCGACCUAAGCUGCGGUAUGGAGUAGGAUGGGACCACAAGUUCUUUUGGAGGCCUCUUUCUCUUUUGCCAUCUGAAAUACUGACAAAAUUUAAUUCUUCCUUCUAUGCAAGCACACAAAGAAGCUCCGUAAAUCAUACUUAG